AUGCCGUGUGUCAGCUCUCACAUCGACCAGAUGGUGAAGAUGCCUUGUAGCUACAGCUCUGUGGUUGAUGAAAUCCUCAUGGUCGAACAGGUCCUGUCAGAGUUCAGGCUGAGCAAGGAAGACCUCAAAGAAGUGAUGAAGAGGAUGCAGCGUGAGAUGGACAGAGGACUGCGUUUAGAGACGCACGAAGAGGCCAGCGUCAAAAUGCUUCCAACCUACGUCUGCUCCACCCCCGAGGGAUCAGAGGUGGGAGAUUUCCUGGCUCUGGACCUGGGGGGGACCAACUUCCGCGUGAUGCUUGUGAAGGUGGGUGAAGACGAGGAGAGGAGCUGGAAGGUGGAGACCACGAACCAGAUGUACUCCAUCCCUGAAGAUACCAUGACAGGCACUGCUGAAAUGCUAUUUGACUACAUAGCAGAGUGUAUGUCAGACUUUCUGGACAAACAUCACAUCAAGCACAAGAAGCUUCCUCUGGGUUUCACCUUCUCCUUUCCUGUACGACACGAGGACAUUGACAAGGGUAUCCUGCUGAACUGGACCAAAGGCUUCAAGGCUUCUGGGGUAGAAGGGAACAACGUUGUUGGUUUACUCCGAGAUGCUAUCAAGAGACGAGGGGACUUUGAGAUGGAUGUGGUUGCCAUGGUGAAUGACACAGUAGCCACCAUGAUUUCCUGCUAUUACGAGGAUCGCAGCUGCGAAGUCGGGAUGAUUGUUGGCACUGGUUGUAAUGCGUGUUACAUGGAGGAGAUGAGGACCGUGGAGCUGGUGGAAGGGGAGGAGGGCCGGAUGUGCGUGAACACGGAGUGGGGGGCGUUCGGAAACAACGGGGAGCUGGAGGAGUUCAGACUGGAGUACGACAGAGUGGUGGACGAGACCUCGAUUAACCCCGGACAACAGCUAUACGAGAAGCUGAUCAGCGGGAAGUACAUGGGUGAGCUGGUCCGGCUCGUUCUGAUGAAGCUGGUGAAUGAAAACCUGCUGUUUAACGGCGAAGCGUCAGAGCUGCUGAAGACACGUGGCAGCUUUGAGACGCGCUAUGUCUCACAGAUGGAGGGUGACACCGGGGACAGAAAACAGAUCUAUAACAUCCUGUCCUCGCUGGGCGUCCUGCCGUCAGAGAUGGACUGUGACAUCGUGCGUCUGGUCUGCGAGAGCGUCUCCACUCGCUCCGCUCACAUGUGCGCCGCCGGGCUCGCUGGUGUGAUCAACCUGAUGCGGGAGCGGCGCAGCCAGGAAGCGCUGAAGAUCACAGUGGGGGUCGACGGAUCCGUCUACAAGCUGCACCCGUGUUUCCGUGAGAGGUUCCACAAAAUCGUCAGGGACCUCACGCCCCACUGUGAGAUCACCUUCAUCCAGUCGGAGGAGGGGAGCGGCCGCGGAGCCGCCCUCAUCUCAGCGGUGGCCUGUAAGAUGGCCGCGUGCAUGCUGACACAGUAAAGGGAGCUGAGUGCCGCACUGAGCCGUCUCCCGGCAGCACGGCGGCGAAGCAAGCCUGAACUCUGAUCUAGAGAACACUGAUGACACGUCAUCCACCGUCGGCAGCUCCGGCCUCUUUCAGGCUCUGGGGGAUGUGUGUCAGCAAACUGGACGCUCACAGCUGGAAGAUGUACAGACAAGAAAGCAGCUUGUAUUAUAAAGUAUUCGGUAGCGUUAGACCAACUCGUAGCAAUUUCAGUGUUUCUGAACCGUGUGUGUCACUGCCUGUUGAUGGUGUUUGGGUAUGAAGUGGCCCAUUUAAAAAAACACCUGAUGUAUUAUUGAUGAUAUAUUAUAAUACCCGGAUUAUUUUUGUAAAUGCUGCUGUAAACUAUGACUAAAUCAAAUUCAUUGCUUUGUUGUGUAGUAAUUUCUAUUUGUGAGUAAUGAAAUAUGUCUUUGGUAAAUUGUAUAUUUAAAUGUUAUGUUCACAACAAAUAGCCGGUAGGUUGUAGUUUUUCACGUGUGCAUGAUGAAAUGUGCUUUGGAUGUGAAUAACUGUAAAUAAAAUUGCUUAAUUAAACUAAACUAUUAUACUUUAAA